CUGCUUCUUAAACUUUUUUCCUAAUUUUCUUUCACGUUGCCGCUGGUUCGGGUUUCCUUCUCCUUUUUGGGUGCUGUGCAUGUUAGUUAUCCAACGAAAGGGCAAAUAGUUACCCGUGAAACUCGCAAUCAUGUAUCGAUCUUCCUACCGCGUCUCACGGUUCCAGGACCUCGAAAGCCAACGCCGCCGAACAGUAUGGCCUACAACAUAUAGAGAUGGCAUCCAGAUCAGCACACCAUGGCCCUUGCCUUACGAUGCCGCUGCCGAAACGAAUCAGCGACUCACAAGCGUCUUCGAUACCGAAGGUCGUGCGGCACGCAUGAGCGCUAUGGUAGAGUCGUCGCUCUUCCCACCACCACUACAGACACGCAACCGACACUCCGCAUGGGUUGGAAAGAGCGCGCAACGGCAGACAUGGCUUGCACCAGUAGCAGCAUCUGAUAUGAAGGAGCGUGUGUGGUCUGGCGAGUUUGACGUUGAGAGGCGACCUUCGUGGCAGUCGCGAGGAUCGGAUCGAUGGAGUGGCGAGCUAGACAUGGAGGAUUUCGAGCAGGAUGUCAAGAAGGAACCAUACCCUGUCGACUGGGAGGAAGACGAUGUUGAGAACCCUCUCAACUUCAGUACAGGACGCAAAUGGUUCAAUGCCAUGAUGCUUGCCUUUGCUUGCUUCAUGGUAUCGAUCGCAUCCUCGGGGUUCUCUCAAGGUACCGAACAGCUCAAGGCCGAGUUCGCUAUCUCCCAAACCACUGCGCUUCUCACCACAUCGACCUUCGUCCUUGGCUUCGCAGUCGGUGCCCUCAUCCUGUCUCCGCUUAGCGAAGUUUACGGCCGUCGCGACCUCUAUGUGAUGACCUUUGGAGCCUUUGUGGCUUUCAGCGGCGUCGUUGGAUUUUCCUCAUCCAUGACCGUCGUCAUUGUCCUGCGCUUCUUUGGUGGCCUUGCUGGCUCCUUCACCCAGGCCGUCGCCCCGGCCGUUGUCGCCGACAUGUUCAACGCACAAGACCGCGGUCUUGUCAUGUCCAUCUUCACUCUUGCCGGCCUCGUGGGUCAGAACCUUGGACCCAUCGUUUGUGGCUUUCUUGUCAAAGCGUAUGGCUGGCGCGCAAUCGCGAUCCUCAUCACCGGUGCAUCAGGCCCAACAUGGGUCGUGCUUACCCUUACCUUCCCCGAGACCUACGCUCCCGUGCUUCUUCAACGCCGCGCAAAGAAGCUCACAGCCGAGACCGGAAAGCAACACCAAGUCGCCAACAUGUCACCCAAGCCCAUUGCACAACAACUCCGCGUCGGCGCGCUUCGACCCUGGAUCAUGCUGGUCUACGAACCCAUCGUCACACUCCUUUCUCUUUUCCUUUCCAUCGUUCACGGCACCCUUUUUCUUCUCUUCGCUGCCUACCCCAUCGUCUUCCAACAAGUCCGCGGCUGGCCACAAGGUGUCGCUUCGCUGCCUUUCCUCGCUAUUAUUAUUGGCAUAAUGAUUUCGCUUGUCUAUGUUGCGCUGGUUGAUCAGAAGCGCUACGCGAAAGUGGUUGCGAAGUACGAUGGGAAUGCACCGCCUGAGGCAAGGUUGCCGCCUGCUAUGCUCGGUGCUGCUGCGCUUCCGAUUGGUCUCUUCUGGUUCGCAUGGACCAAUGCGCCAGAACUUCCCUUCAUGAUUUGCGUUUCUGCGGGCACACUCUUCGGUUUUGGGAUGGUGUUGCUGUACAUGUCGCUCACGAACUACAUCGUUGACGCGUAUCUUGGCUACGCUGCAUCGGCUCUCGCAGCCAGCACAGUGCUAAGAAGUAUCGCAGGCGCCGUGUUCCCGCUAUUCACCGCGGAUCUGUAUUCGAAAUUGGGUAUUCACUGGGCGAGUAGCGUGCCGGGUUUCUUGGCGCUGGUGUUUAUUCCAUGUCUCUUUAUGUUCUACAAGUGGGGUGAUAAGCUGAGGGGGAUGACCAAGUUCGGGGCUGAGGCGGCGAGUAUGGCGGGGAAAUAGAUAGUCGUGGUAGAUAGCCUUGUGG